AUGGUAGUGGCAAUGUAUGACGCGUGGUGGGGAAGCUCAACCUACCCGAUGGCAUAUCGUUUUCCCCCCUCCACAUCUUCAGCACCGGGACAUUUUGUUGGCCCUAAACUAUCUUCAAUCAUUAGAGGUGGUUCUUGGUUUUGGCCGAAUGCACGAUCUGAGGUCCUUGUGGAGAUUCAAAGCCGGCUGCUUGAGGUCAGUAUUGGUGAGGUGGAUCAGCCGGUUUGGGGCACUAGAAGUGGGGUUUUCUCUAGUGCUGAAACCUGGGAAGAGUUAAGAGAAAAAAAGCCUGAAGUGGAAUGGUAUGGGGUAGUCUGGUUCUCUGCGACUAUUCCUAAGCAUGCUUUUUUCCUUUGGCUUGCUUUCCAAGAUGCUAUUACUACUAGAGAGAAGAUGUGUAGAUGGGGUUACACGGGUGAUAUUCUCUGCCUUUUCUGUAGGUUUAAACAGGAAAGUUUAACUCACCUUUUCUUUCAGUGUAACUUUAGUAGGAAGAUAUGGAGAUCCAUCAUGGCUGACUGUAAGGUGCUGGAUCCUCCAGAUGAUUGGGAUUUGAUUGUGAAAUGGAGCUCGGCUGGUAUGAAAGGGAAGAAUUUACACUCUACAGCCCGUAAACUCUGCUUUACUGCUACGGUUUAUAAUUUGUGGAUGCAAAGAAAUUGUCUUGUUCAUGGUAGAAAUCCCAAGACGGAAGAAGCUCUUCUUUCUAAAAUUAGAUGGGAAGUUAAAUCGAUGAUUCUUUACAAGUUUCCUCAAAAUUGCUGA